AUGGGUGAAUUAUGCACGGCAUGUUUGUGCGCUGGACGAAAUCUAUUUUGCAUCGGCGAUACUGGUUUCUAUCACUUAUAUUCACAAAUUUUAAAUGAAAUCCAGGUGUAUGAUGCCUCGUCAUUCUACCUGAAGGUAUGCUGGGAGUGCGUGGCUCGGCUCCGACGAUGGCACCACUUCAAGGAGAAAGCCAAACAUUCAUACACACAAUUACAUUAUGUGCAUCAGAAUAACUUCACUCAACCGUCUCCAAUCCCCUCAACUCUUCAAACUAGUGAGACAUACAGCUUCAGUUGUCCAGAACUGGUGAUAAAAGCUGAAGCAGACGAGGGACUGAGUCUCACGGGACCGGAUAUAAAGACUGAGGAGCCUCAUUGCGAGCCUGAGACUUUUGUUAAUGACUUAGAGCCUCGGAGACGGAAGGGCGUUAAGAAGGAUAGUAAGCCAAUUAAAGACAAAAUCAAAUCAAAGAAGAAAAUUAAGCCCAAACCAGAAGUACCGCCCAAAAAGAAAGUAAAAUUAAAAAAGAAAAGGUCACCGACCCCGUUAUCUAUAGAGGAUGACGCAGCAGACUCGUCACAUCUUCUAGAAGAUGAUUUAGAAGACGAAGGAGAUGUACAGACGACUGAGGAUGGAGAGAAACAAGUUCCUUUUGUUGAAGAGAAUACAAGACUGAACGGGGAAUCGAAGCCCCAGUGCCCGACGGAGACGGUCCCGGAGCGUCCGCAGUGCGCGGAGUGCGGGAAGAGUUUCAGUUCCAGGAAGACAUAUCGAUAUCAUCUCAACGUACUACACAAGGGUCAGAACAGGUAUCCGUGCCCUCGCUGUGGGAAGGUGUAUCAGUGGAAAUCGAACCUAGGACGACAUCUGCGCAGUCAUAAGGCCCGAGACUCGGGCGAGUUGUACUGCGAGACGUGCGACAAGCGGUUCGCGUCGGUCGCCACGUACAGGCAACACCUGCGAGUGUCGCGCAGACAUGUCGCCGAGAGCGACUUCAGUUUCAUGUGCAACGAGUGCGGCAAGAAGUUCGUGAACAAGACUCGACUCCGGGACCACAUCGACUGGGAACAUCUACACAACAUCAAGUUCCGCUGCCAGCUCUGUAACAAGCCGUUCAAGUGCCACACGUCGCUGUACGUCCACAUGCAGAAUGUACAUCGCAACAAGGAGAAGAAGGACAACCUCUGUCACGUCUGUGGGAAGUCCUACCAGAAUGCUGCGAAGUUAAAGUACCACAUAGUGGCGAUGCAUACAAGUGAGACUCCGUACCAGUGCACGCAGUGUUCCGCCGCCUUCGGCUGGUACUCCAGCCUCUACAGACAUGUACGAGAGGUGCACUACAAGAUGAAACUGCAGCCGAAAAAAUCGAAGAAAUCUAAAAAGAUGGACAUACUACCUUCUCUGCUUACCCCCCAAGUAUUGCCGCCCGUACUACAACCGGGGCCACCGUAA